CUCCUAUUCUUCUUUGUCCUGUAGAAAAAUUGGUAGUAACAAUAAUCCCCACAUUGUAUAUUCCAUAGCUACAGAAAUGGCAGAACAACAAAGCAGCGGCGGCAACAGGCAGAACAAAGCCCUCCUCAUACUGAACUGCAUCCUCCUAUCAAUCGGGAACUGCGGGGGCCCACUCAUCAUGCGCCUCUACUUCCUCAACGGCGGCAAGCGCGUCUGGCUCUCCAGCUGGCUCGAGACCGGCGGCUGGGCCAUCAUCCUCCUCCCGUUAGCCUUCUCCUUCUACCGCCGUCGCCGCCAAAACUCCGCCGCCAAAUUUUUCGAAAUAAAACCGUUCCUCUUCCUCGCCUCCGCCGGCGUCGGCCUCCUCACCGGCCUCGACGACUACAUCUACGCCUAUGGCGUCGCACGCCUCCCCGUCUCCACCUCCGCCCUCAUCAUCGCCUCCCAGCUCGCCUUCACCGCCGCCUUCGCCUACCUCCUCGUCAAGCAGAAGUUCACGUCGUAUUCCGUAAACGCCGUCGUUUUGCUGACGAUCGCAGGAGCCGUGUUGGCGCUCCACACGAGCGGCGACCGGCCCAAGGGGGAGAGCAACAAGGAGUACUUGAUGGGGUUCCUGAUGACGGUGGGGGCGGCGGUGCUCUACGGCUUCAUCUUGCCGUUGAUGGAGCUGGUCUACAAGAAGGCGAAGCAGGAGAUUACUUACUCCCUGGUGUUGGAGAUUCAGAUGGUCAUGUGUUUCUUCGCCACUGCUUUUUGCACCGUCGGCAUGAUUGUCAACAAAGAUUUCCAGGCUAUUCCAAGAGAAGCAAAGAAAUUUGAGCUAGGCGAGACCAAGUACUACGUGGUGCUCGUGUGGAGUGCAAUAAUCUGGCAAGGUUUCUUCUUGGGAGCAAUAGGAGUAAUCUUCUGUGCCUCAUCUUUGCUAUCAGGCAUUGUCAUUGCGGUUCUUCUACCAGUUACUGAGGUCCUUGCUGUUAUUUUCUACCAAGAAAAUUUCCAAGCAGAGAAAGGUGUGUCCCUUGUACUCUCUCUCUGGGGCUUUAUCUCCUACUUCUAUGGUGAGUUCAAACAAAACAAGAAGACUAAGAAGAAGCUCAUCCUAGAAACAGAAAUUCCUCAAAUUCAGAAUACUCCAAAAACAGAAAGAGAGAUUCUUAAUCCAUGAGAACAAAGUUGAAGGUAUUUUGUAAUUUCUCCCAUCAAUAAUUAGUGGGCUGUCGUACAAGUGUGAAAGAAAGGUAAAGUACAAAUUUCGUAUCUAUUAGUGUGUUUAAUUCUAUUUAUUUUCAAAAUAAGAGAAAAUACCCUUA